GAAGCUGAGCUCCUCAUCGCCAAGAAGAUCCACCCUCAGAUCAUCAUCUCUGGCUGGAGGAAGGCCACCCAGGCAGCCCGCCAGGCUCUGAAGGAGGCUGCUGUGGACCAUGGUGACGACCAGGUGAAGUUCCAUGAGGACCUUCUGAACAUCUCCCGCACCACCCUGUCUUCCAAGCUGCUGACCCACCACAAGGACCACUUCGCCAAGCUGGCCGUGGAGGCCGUGCUCCGACUGAAGAGCUCCGGUAACCUGGAAGCCAUCCACGUCAUCAAGAAGCUCGGAGGCAGCCUCAUCGACUCCUACCUGGACGAAGGUUUUCUGCUGGACAAGAGGAUUGGUGUGAACCAGCCCAAGAGGCUGGAGAACGUCAACAUCCUCAUCUCCAACACGGGCAUGGACACCGAUAAGAUCAAGAUCUUUGGCUCCAGAGUGCGUGUGGACUCCACGGCCAAGGUGGCUGAGAUCGAGAUGGCUGAGAAAGAGAAGAUGAAGGAGAAAGUGGAGCGGAUCCUCAAGCACGGAAUCAACUGUUUCAUCAACAGACAGCUGAUCUACAACUACCCAGAGCAGCUGUUUGCUGCAGCAGGCGUCAUGGCCAUCGAACACGCCGACUUCUCUGGAGUGGAGCGCCUGGCUCUCGUCACGGGAGGAGAGAUCACGUCGACCUUCGACCACCCCGAGCUGGUGAAGUUGGGCCACUGCAAGCUGAUCGAGGAGGUGAUGAUCGGCGAGGACACUCUGAUCCACUUCUCAGGAGUGGCCCUGGGUGAGGCGUGUACCGUGGUGCUGCGGGGAGCCACGCAGCAGAUCCUGGACGAGGCUGAGAGGUCUCUCCACGAUGCCCUGUGUGUCCUGGCUCAGACCGUCAAGGAGACGCGUACUGUCUACGGAGGAGGCUGCUCUGAGAUGCUGAUGGCCAAGGUGGUGACAGACCUGGCCCUCAGGACGCCGGGCAAAGAGGCCGUGGCCAUGGAGUCCUUCGCCAAAGCUCUCCGGAUGCUGCCCACCAUCAUCGCAGACAACGCCGGUUACGACAGUGCCGAUCUGGUGGCCCAGCUGAGAGCUGCUCAUCAGGAGGGGAAGACCACCAUGGGUCUGAAUAUGAACCAGGGCACCAUCGGUGACAUGUCAGAGAUGGGGGUGACAGAGAGCUUCCAGGUCAAGAGACAGGUUCUGCUGUCUGCUGCGGAGGCUGCAGAGAUGAUCCUCCGCGUCGACAACAUCAUCAAGGCUGCGCCCAGGUGAGGACCAGCACCUGACACACAC